CUUUAUUUUGAUAUCUCCCCCUGAAAAUUGUGACAUUUCCUUAUUUGGAAAUAAUUUUACAAACCAUUUUUCUUACUAUUUACAAAAAAGAUUUGAGACCCAAUUUCCACUCAAACAUAAAAAUUGGGGGAAAUAUAAUGCUUACGCAAGGGCCAUCCUAUCCAACUUUUAGGCAUUAAAAUACGUUUCAAGCGCGGAUGAUUAUCAUAAGAGAUUCCCAACAUAUCAUAGGAUUCUCGUUCUUGAAAAUCCACGCUUUUCCAAACCCAUAAAACAGACGGAAUUCUAGGAUUCCUCCUCGAGGUAUUACAAAGGGAUGAGAAUUUCCCCAAAAAGUUGAAAUCAUCCAAACUACAGAACACUUGUUUUGGCUGAUGGGAGAAGUUAUGGAAGUAUUCCUAGUAGGUUGGAUAAACUUCUUGAAUGAAUGGCAAGUGAGGAUGUUCGUUAUCCUGAGCCUAGCAUUGCAAAUUUUACUGGUGUUGUUGGGCAAUCGCAGGAAGUAUGUAUGCAAGGUUUGGAUAAGAAUCAUUAUUUGGUGUGCGUACGUAUUGGCAGAUUGGGUGGCAGUGGUUUCCCUCGGCGUCAUCGCCAAGAACACUCUUGAUGCUUGCGAGAAGAGUAUGAAUGAUAAGCCCGGAAUUCAACUGAAUCUGUUCUGGGCUCAAUUCUUUCUCGUGCAUUUAGGUGGCCCCGACACCAUCACCGCAUAUUCUCUGGAAGAUAACGAGCUGUGGCUGCGGCAUUUGGUGGGAAUGCUCAUUCAUACUGGCCUUGCUUUCUAUGCACUGCUUGUUGCUUUCCCCGCCUCCGACUGGCUUCCUUAUCUCAACCUACUCGUCUUCACCGCCGGCUCAAUCAAGUAUGGAGAGCGCGUGUCCACGCUCUGUGCUGCCAGCAGUGAGAAUUUCCGCGACUCUAUGCUUCCACAGCCUAAUCCAGGUCCCGACUACGCCAAAUUCAUGGAAAGAUACACCUUGAAGAAGGCUGAGGGCUACAAUGUUGCGGUGGAUUCGGUUAUGGAUAUGCCUGUUCUUCCUCGCCACGACUUCCCCGACCCACCUGGUGUACCUGAAGCUUAUCAUCUGUUCUCCACGUUUAAGCGCCUCUUUGCAGGCUCCAUCUUGAGUUUUGAAGAUCGCGACUGCAGCAAAUACAUCUUCCAGAGGCUGUCGGAGAAGCAAGCUUUUCAUCUUGUUGAGAUUGAGCUUGGCUUCAUGUUUGAUGAGCUCUACACAAAGGCCUCCAUCGUGUACAAUCUCCGUGGCUGUGUGCUUCGGAUGAUCACCUUCUCUCUCACCCUCUUCGCCUGGCUAGCGUUUCAGCUCACCACCGAGAAGAGCAACUACUCGAAUCUCGACUUGGGCAUCACUCACUUGUUGCUUUGGGUGGCCAUCUGCUUAGAGAUAUACGCUGUCGGGGCUCUCGUAGACUCAGAUUGGAUGCAUAGGUUGAGCAGAGUAGACAGAGCAUCUGCUUUUGGUCGCGCGAUUCAGUGGUUUCAGCAGCCAAUCAAGAAGAGGUGGUCCAUGAAAGUUGCUCAACACAAUCUGUUUGAUCUUUGCCUCAUGGAAAAAUCUGCAUUGCUCCUAAGAAGCAUCAGAAAGCUUACUAAAAUCAAUAAUCACGUAGAAAAGCAUUGGAACAAGUCCUUCGUCGACGUCUCCGAUGAUCUGAAAGAGCUAUUGUUUAGGGAGUUGAAGAGUUACACAAGUGGUUGUGAUCCUGCAGCUAUAUGGAGCAGAAAGGGAAGUUUCACUCUUGAAAAGUACCCAUCGAUAUCUGAGUCUGUUGGUUGGAUUAGAAAGAGAGAGUUUGAGGAGAGGAUCCUCCUCUGGCACAUUGCCACAGACAUCUGCUAUUCUCUCGAACCUCCUGGCACUCAAAGUAAGCAAACUGCAGGCCACAGCAAGCUUAUAUCUGAGUACAUGUUGUAUCUCCUCAUAGUGUGCCCUUUCAUGCUACCAAAUGGGAUAGGGAUGAUAAGAUUCCGAGACACGUGUGCUGAGGCCAGAGAGUUUCUGAGUGGGAGAGACGCGAUUAUAUCCAAAGAUGAUGCUUACAGGAAGUUGCGUGAUGUCGACACUCAAGUGCCACCGGCUCAAGUGAAGGGUGACCGGAGCAAAAGCGUGCUGUUUGAUGCUUGUAUACUGGCUAAGUCGCUCUUAGAAGAGAAGGUGCAGAGGUGGGAGAUUAUAAGCAAAGUGUGGGUGGAGAUGUUAGCGUACGCGGCUACAAAUUGUGGCGGCAACCACCAUGCCCGCCAGCUGCGCAAGGGGGGAGAGCUGCUCACUCAUGUUUGGCUUCUCAUGGCACAUUUAGGUAUCACAGAGCAGUUCCAGAUAUCUCAGGGACAUGCUAGAGCUAAAAUCCUAGUAAAAUAGAUACUUUCAGCCUUUUUUUGUCUCAAUCAAUAUUCUUUUAUUAUCUAAGCCUGCCUUUACUUUGAUAAUAUUAUCCACUCAAAAAUGGAUGGAUAAUAUGUCUCAAUGUAGUUGUCAAGUAGCAUUAGGUUGUAGUUUUUUCACUGAAUCAUGUGUUCAUGUUUUUUGGCAUCUACAGAUUAGAUUUGGGUCUAAAUGUGGUGUUCACCUAUCCAUGGCUCCCAACGUUUAUGUAGUUUGUCUGCAGAAUGAGGAAUUUUGAUGCCUCGUGAUGUCUAAACUAUUCAAAGCCUUGUGAUUGUUUCUGCGGUUUGGACUUUAUGCAAUGCAAUUGCAGGUUCGUUGUGAUGCACAAGAAA